AUGAUUCGAUUCAUUCUAAUUCAAAACCGUGCUGGAAAGACGCGUCUCGCUAAAUGGUAUAUGAACUUCGAUGAUGAUGAGAAACAGAAACUCAUCGAAGAAGUGCACGCUUGUGUGACAGUCCGCGAUGCAAAGCAUACUAAUUUUGUUGAGUUCCGCAACUUCAAAAUUGUCUAUCGUCGUUAUGCUGGAUUGUAUUUUUGCAUUUGCGUCGACAUUGCUGACAAUAAUCUUUAUUAUCUCGAGGCUAUCCACAACUUUGUCGAGGUGCUCAACGAAUAUUUUCACAACGUUUGCGAGCUUGACCUCGUUUUCAACUUCUACAAAGUCUACACCGUCGUUGACGAAAUGUUUCUGGCCGGAGAAAUUCGAGAAACCAGUCAAACCAAAGUUCUCAAGCAGCUUCUGAUGCUCACUUCACUUGAAUAA